ACAUGAGUGCUAAUAGGGAAAACGAAUUUUCAAACAUGGUGCCAUGGUGUGAUACUGAAAUGUGUUAAUCAAUGUGUACAGUUGCUGUUACUUUAUUCCAGAACUAUAUUACUACAAAAAAUAUAAUCAAUUAGGAAACGGAGUAUGAAACCGAUAAUGCAGACUUUUUCGGACCAUUUAGUUCGGCUUUCAAAAAAAUAAGCCGUUGUGUUCCUGGUCUUAUAAACUGCUAGCGCCUUUUUGUAAGCAUUUCUUUCUACCAGUUAUGUGGAUUUGUGCACAUUUUUUCGAGCUACUAUAAAAUACAUUCUGCAUUCAAUGCAACGUGUAAUCAUCUCAUAGCUCUAUCCCUAACCUAGUUAGUCGGCAGAACAAACGUUGCGUAACUGGAGUACGAAGAAGCCUCCUAAGUGUACUACCAUAGCAGCAUGAACAGGGGCCUUAUUUCUCCCUCUUUCUCUCUUUCUAUUUCUUGUUUUAAUUUUUCACUCAUUUAGUCUUUCUCUCGCUCUCUUGUUGCUGCACACAGAAGAAGGUAGUUUAUGCUUUGCUGGAAAGCACCUUCACCGGAAGUAGUCGCUUUUAAGUUUUGGCAAACCGAAGGAAACGCAUCCUUCAUUAUAACCGGAGUCCAGCAUAGUUUUGUGCAGUUUUGAAUUUCCAAUAUCCGCAUAUUCUUAUUCAAAUAACGAUAACUAAAUGGCAAGCGCGCUAGCUAGGGUGAGAUCACAUGCGCUGAGCAAAGAUAAAAUGUGUUCGUAGGAUCGCGUAUACUAGUUGUAGUCACUAAGAUUGUUGUGGUUUAGUGUUUGCGCGAGUCGGUUUAUACAAAUCGAUCACACACUCAAAAGGGGGCCAGCUGCAUGGCGUAGUAAGUGCGCCGUUCAGAUCCGUAGUGCAGUUGUGCAACUGUGUAAUCACCUCGAUUGCCUCCAACCGCACGCGGUUUAGUGCAGUGUCAGCAUGGGGCUAAACGGCAAGUAGCAUGAUACCUGCGUGAAAAUAUAAGCGGCCGAUUAAAAUGUGUUUGUAUUCGUGUUCGUGUCUAUGGUAGUGUGCCACUCUCCAUCGUAUCUUGGUGGCGAGCAUUGCGACACACUCUCGAUGGCGUACGCGAUUGCCAGUAUAAGCUUCCAUCAUAACGCCAAAUGGUUCUAACUCUUCCGGUUCGCUAAACGUGUAAUCUGAAAACUACAGACGAUUCGUGACGUAAACAGUGCCUGGGUGCAUAAAGUUAAGGCAAACUCACUUAAAUUGAGUGUAAAAUUUUGCAGGCUUUCCAAUACGCAUCUUUUAAACCGAGCAAGUGUGUAAUAAGUGAUGAAACGGAGAUGGGACCUAACCGCAAAGGAUUGUCGUGCAUUCCCGAUACAGUGAAUUGUGAAGGCUAGAAACAGUUAUUGUAGCCAUUUAAAAGUAAGGGAUACGGCUCGAAUCCCGCUUGUGCUUGUGACCCACAGUGAUGGGCAUGACGAAGCAAACGUCGUCUGGUGUCUCCGGCCAUUACUCGGGAAGUGGAGGUCACACCGGUAUGAACAGCAUGGCCACCGGUAGUGGCAAUGCCGAGAAGCAACAGCAACCAUCCUCCAAUUUGCCACAUCAGCAACAGCAGCAGGCGAGCCGUCACGGUCAGGGAAGCAAAGGCCAGACACAGCAUCAGCAGCAUCACCUUCAUCAGCCAUUGCAUGCUCAUCAUCCCCUGCACCACCAUCUACAACAGCAGCAGCAGCAGCAGCAGCAGCAGCAGCAACAGCAACAUCCAACAGCAGGCAAGCUACGUGACAAGCACACCGUGCACUGGUUCCGUAAGGGUCUUCGCCUACACGAUAAUCCAGCAUUACGUGAAGGUGUACGGGGGGCUACGAGCUUCCGGUGCGUUUUCGUGAUCGAUCCCUGGUUUGCCGGUAGCUCUAACGUCGGCAUCAACAAGUGGAGGUUUCUUCUUCAAUGUCUGGACGAUUUGGACCGAAAUCUACGCAAGUUGAACUCGCGCCUUUUCGUCAUACGAGGGCAACCGGCGGACGCUUUGCCCAAGCUAUUCAAAGAAUGGGGUACGACGUGUCUUACCUUCGAGGAAGAUCCCGAGCCCUUCGGCCGAGUGCGAGAUCACAACAUCUCCGAGAUGUGCAAAGAGUUGGGCAUAGAGGUGAUAUCGGCGGCAUCGCACACCUUGUACAACUUGGAACGGAUCAUCGAGAAGAACGGUGGCCGAGCACCGCUUACCUACCAUCAGUUCCAAGCCAUCAUUGCGUCUAUGGAUGCCCCACCGCAACCAGAAACGACGAUCACACUGGAGGCUAUUGGCGGGGCUACCACACCCCUGUACGAUGACCACGACGAUAAGUACGGCGUGCCGACACUCGAGGAACUUGGCUUUGAAACAGAAGCACUCCGUCCGCCGGUUUGGAUCGGCGGAGAAACGGAAGCACUAGCCCGCCUGGAACGACAUCUCGAACGCAAGGCUUGGGUAGCAUCGUUUGGGCGUCCCAAGAUGACACCACAGUCGCUGCUUGCUAGCCAAACGGGACUUUCGCCCUAUCUGCGCUUCGGGUGUCUCAGUACCCGACUGUUCUACUAUCAGCUGACGGAUCUGUACAAGAAGAUUAAGAAAGCGUGCCCGCCUCUGUCGCUGCACGGUCAGCUGCUUUGGCGUGAGUUCUUUUACUGUGCCGCCACCAAGAAUCCCACCUUCGAUAAGAUGGCCGGCAAUCCUAUCUGUGUGCAGAUACCUUGGGAUCGGAACUCGGAAGCGUUGGCAAAGUGGGCCAGUGGGCAGACAGGGUUUCCGUGGAUCGAUGCGAUCAUGACGCAGCUGCGCGAGGAAGGCUGGAUACAUCAUCUGGCCCGGCAUGCUGUUGCUUGCUUUCUCACCCGGGGUGAUCUGUGGAUUUCUUGGGAAGAGGGCAUGAAAGUGUUCGAGGAGCUACUGCUCGACGCAGACUGGUCCGUCAACGCCGGUAUGUGGAUGUGGCUGUCCUGUUCCUCCUUUUUCCAGCAGUUCUUCCAUUGCUACUGUCCAGUGAAGUUUGGCCGAAAGGCUGACCCUAAUGGAGACUACAUUCGUCGGUAUCUACCCGUGUUAAAGAACUUUCCAACUCGCUUCAUUCACGAGCCCUGGAACGCACCGGAGAAUGUGCAGCGAGCGGCCAAGUGUCUCAUCGGUAAAGAUUACCCACUGCCGAUGGUCAAUCAUGCGAUCGCGAGCCGUGCCAAUAUGGAACGCAUCAAACAGGUGUAUCAGCAUUUGGCCAAGUAUCGUAGUCCGGGAGUAUGCUACGAGGGUGAUUGCGUCGAGAAGGGUGGCUCUGCUAUCGCUGGCGUUAUGACGGCCGCCAAAAUGCAGCACAUGAAUGCGAGCAGUAUGAACGAUAGCCCCAGUCCGACCACCAUCCUUACGAGCGUAAACAGCUCGGGUAACUAUAUGUGCCGCAGCAAUCCGUCAGCACAAAGUGAUCCCAAUGCGAAGGUACUCACAUACCAUCCACUAGCGAUGGAUGGACCUACUAGCAUCGAUGGACGGGCACGCAGUGGUAGCGUUGUGAGUGGUUUGGGUACCGGAGAUAAUGCAAAUGAUGGUUCUAGCAACACUAUGGAUGCGAAGGGACGUAUGCUUACAAUGCAGGAGUCAGUACUGCAGCAGCAACAGCAGCAGCAUCAACGCCAACAGCAGCUACAACGACAGCAACGUCACGCGCUCCAGGAUGGACGACCCUCAAACACGGUCCAAGAAGCGUACGGUAAUCUGCCGACGUCCGAUUACGCGUCCCUCAAGACGGACUCGGGCCUCGGGACUAUGAUCCGAGGAGGUAAUCUGACGGGGGGUCGGUUCACCAACUUGCAGGACCAGCUGAGCAACAGCCUGUUGUCGCUCGAGUGUGAAGUUAUGGCGACCAAGCUGGAACCCAACAAUUACGAUUUCGAACGUAACCAGAACAUGUACAAUAGCCAGUUUAAGGUGGAAUACAGUGACAAUUUUAACUCCGGCUACGGGUUGCGUAAUGCCGUGUUCUAUGGGCGCAAGCGCGAGGACGAACAGGAUAAUGAACAGGACGAGGACGAAGGCACCGGUGAUGAUAACAACGAUCAAGAGGAAAGCUAUAACGAUGAAGAUGAUGAUCGAUUGGCGACAAUCGCCAUGUCACCGCUGCAAGACGGCGUUGCCACCCGAUCGUUGGAUCAUUAUCAGCCAGGCGCACCACAAAUUAAGCAGGAAGCAACACCGUUACAUUCGGACAUGUUCCGUGAGCCAAAGCUGCUUAAGGGAUCAUCAUUGCGCACACGCACCGAAGAGCACCAACAGCAGCGAGCUGAGCAAGAAGAACGACAAUGUGAAGAUGUUGUUCGCCCGCAAGCGUCGACGAACGAACACGGAGAGGAUAAGCAUACCAAGCGCUCGGCAGAAUUGCCUUCAAACUCUAUGCUUACCGAUUGUGAUUAUGAUUCCGAGAGUCAUAAGAUGGUGACCGAUUAUUCGCGGCAGCAGCAGCAGCAGCAGCAACAACAACGGCAAAGCGCAGUGCAGUUGCAGAAUGAUCAGCCAAUGCAGGAUACGGCCGCUAAAGAGGAAAAACUGGAUUGUGCGGAUUAGUCAAAUAAGCAUUUGAUUAGGACGGUCCCUUUACUGUGCUUAUCUGAAUGAAUGUCACUUAAUAUUGUAUUUUGCUUGCACACCGAGCCAAAAAUAUAUGUCCAUAGUAUUGAGUAGCCAAAAGUCAAGAGUAAAUAACUUUUAAAAAAUAUUUUGAUGCCAUUUUUUAUUACCAAUUCGCUUUUUAAUUUCCAA